GGGAUUUCCCAAAGUGAGAAGUUGAGUGAAGUUUUAGCUCCAACAAAAGUAUAUAUUUCAGGAUGGCUUAUUCAGGGCAUGCUCUACCUGGCGGUGCUAUUUACGAGAUAGCUAACCCUCAUAUGCCAUACAGUGGUCCAGUGCGAGGACCUUUGAUCCAUGGAUCCAUGAUCUUUAUCCGAGGACACAUUCAACAGGGAUGCAGCCGAAUGGUGAUCAACCUGGAAGCGGCCAACGGAGACAUUGUCCUCCACAUCAACCCCAGGUUCAAUGAUGGCGCGAUCGUACGCAACACAUGCCAAGGUAACUGGGGCGGAGAGGAGAGAAGUGGGGGCAUGCCACUUCAGCAAGGAGGCCAGUUUGAGUGCAUCAUCUUGGUGCAGGAGGGUCAUUACAAGAUUGCAUUCAAUGGCCAGCACUUCACCGACUAUCAUCACCGCAUGGCAAAGGAGUCUGUAACUUUACUCAAGGUUGAUGGAGAUCUUCGCCUGAACAAUAUCACAUUCCAAGGGGUUCCCCAACCUCCUCCUUACAUGGGAGCUCCAGAUCCUUAUGCCCGGAUGUGCAAGAUGCCAGAGCCAAGUCCGGGAGUACCAGGGUUUCCAUAUGCCAUGGGGAAAGUUGCCCCACCAGAGAAUCCACCACAAUAUGGGGUGCCAUCCUAUGGUACUCCAGCUGGCCAGGUACCACAACCGGGUGGCUAUGCUCCUCCUCCAUCAGGGGGCUAUGCUCCUCCAUCAUGUCCAUCGGGUGGCUAUGCACCUCCAUCAAAGGGUGGAUAUGCUCCUCCAUCAGGUGGCUAUGCGCCUCCAUCAUGUCCAUCAGGUGGCUAUGCACCUCCAUCAAAGGGUGGAUAUGCUCCUCCGUCAGAGGUUGGAAACACUCCUCCAUCAAAGGGUGGAUAUGCUCCUCCAUCACAGCCUCCUUACCAACCUCCAGGUUAUGGUCCAGCACCUGUGCCAGGCAAGCCAGGACCAGGUGGACCGCCGAUUUACAACCCUCCUGUACCAUUCUUGGGCAAUCUAUCUGGCGGUAUGCAUGCUGGCCGUGAUGUUCACAUCAGUGGUAUCCCCAACCAUGGAGCUCAAAGGUUCACAGUUAACUUCCAAUGUGGCCAAGCGGGGCGUAACAUUCCAUUCCAUUUUGAUGUCCGUCUGAACGAACGUUGUAUAGUUGGUAACUCAAUGCAGAAGAAUGCCUGGGGUAGUGAGAUCCGAGUGCAUAACGUGCCAUUUAGACCUGGCCAGAACUUUGACUUGAGGAUUCGCUGUGGCCCAAAGAAGUACAAGGCGUUUGUUGCUAACCAGUUGCUGAUGGAGUUCCCACAUCGUAUUUUACCAACGGAGAAGGCUGUCUUGUUGAAUAUCACAGGCGAUGUCAGGUUGACGUGCCAAGGCCCGUUUGCUGUUGACCUUCCCGAUGGCCACAUGCAGCACAAGAACUCUGUUGUUAUCAAAGGAGUACCAAAGGAUGGAGCUGAGAGGUUCAGUGUCAACCUCCAAUGUGACCAUGAGGCUCAUGAUAUCCCCUUCCACUUCGACGCCCGUCUCGCAUACGGAAAUGACAAUAAGGUCAUCAUUGGCAACAACAAAGAGGGAGGGUCAUGGUGUUCUGAGGAACGUUGCAACGAUUGCCCCUUCGAGGCUGGGGAGCCCUUCACCAUUAAGAUCAAGUGUGGAAAGGCUGCUUACAAGGUGAAGGUGAAUGACCAGAAGAUUAUGAGAUUCCCAUACCGUGUUGACAAGGAGUGUGUCCACACCCUCAGCAUCGAUGGAGAUGUUAUCCUUGAGAGUGUCAAGGCCUAAGGUUAGAAUGCUGUGUGACUGCUGACAGCAGGAUGAUACAUCUUGGAUGAAAUACAAACAACAGAAGAGGACUUAAAUUAAAAGGACAAGGCGUGAAGGACACUAUCCCAGUAACUAACAACAGAUCACCAAAAAUAUGUAUUUUUUAUGGUUACUGAUAAUCCCAUUCUCAUUGUGUAUAUACUAAUAAUCUCAAAAGCAUGUCAGUGGUCUGCGGCCAACUUAUGGGAAAUAAAGUUAUGGAAUAUUGACUCUGA